AUGAAAUUUGCUAAAUACCUUCGAACCGAAUCGGUACCAGAGUGGAAAGAGAAAUAUAUUGAUUACAAAGGCUUGAAAAUUCUCUUAAAUGCUAUCGACUUAAAACCAACGACUCAACCUACCCCUUCCUCACCUUUAGAUAAUGAAGUUACAAUAUCGAUAUCUCAACCAACGGCUACACAUGAUCACGCCUCGAGAACUUUUAAAACAAAUUCUUUAUCUGGUAUAAUUUCAAAAUCAAGUAAUUUGAUGAAUAGAAUGUCUAAAAAUUGUUCAAACGCUAUACAAAAGCGGAUAUACUCUUUACAAAACGUGAAAAAUCCUAUAGAAUCAUAUGAAUCUCUUUGGAAUCAAAUUGCUUCUCAAGAAAGGGAGUUCUUUAUAACUUUAGAAGAUAAUUUAAACAAAGUUGAAAAUUUCUACGAAACGAAAUUAAGUGAAGCUAUAAGACAUUUCGAGAAACUAAAAAUACAACACAAAUGUAUGAAAGAAACUAGCAAGGAAUGGUCUGGUCCCACAACCCCAAUUUCACGAGUUGAAGAAACAAUAUUUCGUGCUAAACGAGAUAUGGACAAUAAUUCCGCUAAAAAAAUAAUUAAAAAGGCCAUCUUGGAAUUUUAUAGAGGAAUUGAAUUGUUAAAAAACUAUAAGAUUCUAAAUCAAACGGGGUUCACAAAAAUCCUAAAGAAAUAUGACAAAUUUACGAAAAGUAACGGAAGCGAGAUAUAUUUACCGCGGAUUGCCAAUUACAAUUUCGUAAAAUCACCUGUCCUGGAUAAGCUCUUCCAAGAAACUGAGGCUUUUUAUGUUAAUAAUUUCGAAGGAGCUAAACGUCAACUUCAACUCCCAAAUAAAGAACGAAAAACGCAUUAUUUCGUAACAUGGCGCGUCGGGUUAUACAUAGGAUUGUCAAUACCGUUAAUGGUUCGCGCGGUUGAAUUAGUUGGAGAAUGCAAAGAAAAAUGGUCAUUCAUUGUACCAAUAUUAUCAAGUUUACCGCCGUGGUGGAGAUUUGUUCAAUGCUGGAAGCGUUAUUUUGACACUUCGCAUAAAUUUCCACAUUUAGCUAACGCAGGAAAAUAUUUAUUAUCAAUGGCAACAUUAUGGCUAUUUUUCUUUGAGACUUUCGCAUCAUUUUCGAUAGGAUGUCAAAUAGUUUCUUCAACAUAUUCAUUACUAUGGGAUCUAUUAAUGGAUUGGUCUUUAUUACAAUUAGAUAGUAAAAAUUAUUUAUUAAGAGAUAAUAUUAGUUUUAAAAGUUAUGUUUAUUAUUUUGCUAUCAUUUCUAAUGGAUUGCUAAGAUUCAGUUGGGUUUUAAAAUUCACUAUACCUCAAAAAUAUAUUAAAAUUACCGUUUAUGUUAUUGGUUAUUUUGAAAUGUUGAGACGUUGGCAAUGGAGUUUACUUCGUAUAGAGAACGAACAUGUGAAUAAUUGUGGGCAAUUCCGCGCUGUCAAAGAAAUUCCAUUACCAUUUGAAAAGGAUGAAGCCAUACGUGAAAAAAUUGGAUUAAGAAAGUCACAAGGAAUUCUUAUUCCUGAAAACAAUCUUUUUCCAACAAUUUUAUUUCACGAUGAUUCGCAAAAAUUUGAAUAUACUUAUGAAGAAAAUAAUACUAAUUUAGCUGAAAGCACAGAGAAUGAUGAUAUGUUGUCUAUUAAUCGAGUUCGACAAAGGGAAUUGUCUUUAAUUUCCUUAGAAGGUAGAUUGAUAAGCAGCAAUAAUAAUCAUGCACUUAAUAACGUUUCUGCAUUUAAAUGA